ACGCAGCACUAGUAUGAGUGCUGUCUACUCAAGCUGAUACUGAUGUGUUGAUCUUUUAUUGUAGGUUUAUAUGUGAGGAAGUGAAGAUACAAGCUUGGGAAAAUCAUGAAAAAUGGAAAGCAGAAAUGGAAAUGAAGAAAAUGGAGGUGGAGGCUGAGAGAUUGAAAGCUCGGGCACAAGAAAAGUUCACAAACUGGCUGCCACAAGGAGGAUAGCUGAAGAGAAGCGUGCAAAUGCAGAAGCCAUGCCGAAUGAGAAGGCUGUAAGGACUUCUGAAUGGACAGAUUACAUAAGGAGGACAGGCCACUUGCCUUCUUCAUUCUCCUUUAAGUUCGCUUCCCUUUGCUGGUAGCAAACCCUGCAACAAUGCCAAAUCUGUCUUUUCCAUACGCAUGAAUUUGUGACCUAACUUGGUCUGAGAACUGCUGAAAAUUCACAAACAUGGGUUGGUAAUAGUUCCUCAAUUGAGCCAUGGAUUUGGCUUAUUUUUAGCCGGUGCCAUCUGCAUUAUUUGGAAGAGCAGAAGAGCCAUAAGUCUCUGUAAUUUUCUGUUAUCAGAUCAAGUGUUUCUUUAUUGAAUUCUCAUUAGGCAAGGGUGAGCAUCAUCGGAAGGCAAUAGUGACAAUAACAAGCAUAUGUACUCUCCUUGCCUCUUGGUUGCUCAAUGAAGCAAGUCAUAAGAAAUGGCACUUGAGACUUUAGAUUUGAAUAAUUCGAUGGUACUAGAUGGUUUUAAAUGAUAGGAAAUCAUUUUAUUCCGUUUGAUUCGGAGACAUGAAGAAAUCAUUUCUGUAUGUAUGCUUUGUUAAUUGAUGUUUCAGACCGACCACUCUGAAAAAGUUGGAGAGAAGGAAGGAAAAAUGAGGAGAAAAUGAUGCUGCAUAUGCUCUUUC